AUGAAGUGUAGUCUCAACCCCAGACACAACACUAUUCACUCACCACUACUACUGCACUCUCGCUCUCACUCUCACUCUUAUAGUGGACUCGAGUCGACACUCAAGCCGUCGCAUAGCCUACACUGCACUGCACUUUCGCCUGAAAAGCUCAUCUUUCGCGUCGAUAUGUGCGACACGAGUAGUGAACUGUCGGACAACCCAUCGCUGGACAGUGGGUUCAUGUGCUCCGUGGAUGGCGUGGACGCGGAGGUGGACGCCGAUGGCCAGCAGCUGCUGCUAAAUAUUAAAGCGCAGCUAUACACGCUGUGCUCAUCACUUGACAGCCUGUUGGGUAGCGACCUGUCACCCAAGUACACGAGGCACCUACCGCACCUGCGCCUCCACCUGCGGCUACCGGUCGUCGACGACGCCUACUUUGACGACCUGUCGGCCACCGACUCGAUCUACUCCUCCGACAACGAGCUGUCGUCGCCGACAGACGAGACGGCCGUCACAAUGACACUGAAUAUCAACACAUCGACGGGUCUGGUGUUGGCCACCACGAAGACUGUGAUGAGUCCGGUGGUGGCCGACGAGGACCGCCUCUGCGGUAAGCAUAUAGUGUUCGGCGGCGACUGCCUGUCCACCGGAGAUGAUAAUCAUCUGGUGGUGAUCGGCGGCAAAGAGGUGGACCUCCGGUGCGAGAAAUACUCGGUGCUGUCGUACGAACAGGUGUGUAGACUGGAUCGGGUGAUGGAUGAGGUGGUGCCCAUCCACGGUAGGGGCAACUUCCCGACGCUCGAGAUAAAGCUCAAGCACCUGAUCCAAGUGGUGCGCCAGAAGCUGGACACGGAGGGCGUGCCGGUGCGCGACGUGCGGCUCAACGGCGGUGCGGCCAGUCAUGUGCUGACGCCCGAGAGCUCGGCCUACAACGACUUGGACCUGAUCUUCGGCGUCGACCUCUCGAACCAUCGCAACUUCGACAGAGUGCGGGCGGCGGUGUUGGACUCGUUGCUCGACUUCCUGCCCGACAUCACCAUCAAGAAGCGCAUCAGCACCUGUAGCCUGAAAGAGGCCUACGUGCAUAAGAUGGUGAAAGUGACGGACGGCGACCGGUGGUCACUGAUAUCGCUGUCCAACAAUUUGGGCCGUAAUGUGGAGAUAAAGUUCGUGGAUGUGAUGAAACGGCAGUUCGAGUUCUCUGUGGACUCGUUCCACAUAAUCCUCGACUCUCUGCUCCAGUUCUACGAGUGCUCGAAGUCGAUGGCCAUCACCGAGAACUUCUACCCGACAGUCGUGGCCGAGUCGGUGUUCGGCGACUUUCGCGAGGCUCUCCUCCACCUCCAGAAGAAGCUGAUCGCCACCCGAGCGCCCGAAGAGAUUCGCGGCGGCGGUCUCCUCAAGUACUGCAACCUAUUGGUCAGGGAUUACCACCCGUUCGACGCGCUCGAGAUCAAGAAGCUCGAGAAGUACAUGUGUUCCCGGUUUUUCAUCGACUUCUCAGACCUGGGUCAGCAGCGGUCCAAACUGGAGGGAUACCUGGCCAACCACUUCGUGGGCUACGAGCACCUCAAGUUUGAUUACCUGAUGAUACUGUCGAGGGUCGUGAACGAGUCGACGGUCUGCCUCAUGGGUCACGAGCGCCGUCAGACGCUCAACCUCAUCGACGAGUUGGCCCAUUAUGUCUACUAUCAGGACCAGCAGAGGCUCGUGGCCGCCAAACACCAACAGCAGCACCAACACCAACACCAACAGCAGCACCUCCAGUACGAGCACCACACGACCAACCCGUACCAAAUGAUCUGUACGGGCGCUCAAUACUUCUAUACUCCAUAUAUGCCAACCCAUCACCAACUGAGCCCAGCCCAGCCGCCCGCCUGUCCCCCGCCCGCCACCACCUGUUACACGCCGUGUCACUGCGGCCACGGAUGGAUGACGUGUAUGAGCGCAUAG